CCUUCGAUAUAACGUUGUUUUCACUUUCACGGGGUUGUAGUAAUACCAUGUUCAACUGCUUAAUAGAUUGGCUCGAAUCUAGGUUGUGCCUUUAGAUAAAUUAACGACUAAAGAUUAAUUAUUCGCUUCUCUCAUUCACUUCUCAAACCCGGUUUUGUAUGCUGGGUCUGUUUUGCAAGCGUGGCGAUGUUGCGCCUCUGGGUUUAUAAACUCUUUGCUAGUACAAACCACGUCCCACCGUAGCAUUACUAUAGCGACGAGAGUGUUUGGUGGAUGUUCUGUAGUUGAAACAACAGUGAUGGAAGUGGCACACUCUGCAUCAGAGAUAUUCACAGACAGUCAAAGGAAGAAGACCCCUCUACCCCUGUGCCAACUGGUGGAGGACAGAAAAAGAAGUCCCUCUAAUGUCCCUCAUCACCUACUAGAGACCCAAACGUAUACCAAACUCAAGAGCAACAGCGCAAUCCAAGCAGAACCCUCAGCACUUCGCUUCAGUGGGUUUAAACUGGGGAAGGAUUAUCAGAGGAGCUUGAAGCUUAUCAACAUAUCAUCUGAAGUGAUCAACAUUCACAUUAUCCCCACCCAAACAAAGCAUUUCAAAACAAAAUAUUUAAAAAAGCAUCGUCUUGUCCCCGGACUGUCCUACACAGUGAAAGUACACUUCUGUCCUGACGAAUGGCGCUACUUCUACGACUGUAUUCGGGUUCAUUGCAAGGGGGAAGAGCAUUUACAGGUUCCAGUCCAUGCCUACCCCAUCAUCGAUGACUUGCACAUCCCAACACACAUCACCAUACCAGUUGUCCCACUGGGCCAAAGUGUCAGCCAUGUGAUCCCUCUGAGCUGCAGCUGUCCCAUUGACUUUGAGUUCCAGGUGUACAUCAUCCAGCCACACAAGGCCUUCUCUGUCCAGCCCCUGUCAGGAGUGAUUCCAGCCAAUGGGAAGGUGGAGGUGACCGUCACAUUCAGGCCAUUCCAGUAUGACACGUCCCAGGUCACUCUACAGGUGGUCAUCUCCCAGUUCAACUCCAAACCCUACGUCUGCACACUCAGCGGGUCGUCCUCGCCCCACCUGGCACUCACGUAUCCCAGAACCAUUUUGAAAUGUUAACGGUUAGUUCAUCAAACACUAUAUUGAAUUAUGCAAUUUUUACCAGGUCAUAGUUACAAUUAUAUACAUAUUUGAUAUAUGGUCAGCAAAGUUCCUGUUUUCUUGGUUUGUGUCACGUUAUUAGUUGUUAUUUUGUGUAAUUGCGAGUUCCAUCAAUUGAUGCACUAAGCCAAAUAUAUUUCUUUACUGCUAAGAAUGGAAAAUAUGUGAUUGUUAAGUGGUUACAAUAUCCUUCUGUAAACAAUGCUUACGCACAUUUCAUAGAGCGGGUGCUAUUGUGAGAGAGACCAAGUGCAGCACAUGUACUGUAUUGAAACUCUGUCUGCAAACUUUGAAAAUAGAAAUUGUACAAACAUUUAGAGAGAUGAAAAUGAACUCUUGCAGCGAAGAACCAUACAAGUGCAUACUGUUCCAUUUUCAUAUAAUCAAAUGUUUCUCUCUUUCUAAGUGUGUAUAUAACACAUUAGGAAUUGUACAGUUGAUAGAUACUUGAAUAAUCCCCCCCCCCCCAAAAAAAAAAGUAUAAUGAUGUAUCAUGUUUAUCUACAUUUUCUUGAAAAUGCACAUAUAUGGUUCUUCUGCACGAUUCUAGUUAUGAUGAUAUCCUUUUGUUUAAUUGAUUUCUGUUCAUGGCUAACUUCUUUGUUUAGUCCUGGGCUACAGACUCAAAACCACGCACAGUCACUUAUAAUGAUAAACAGGUUCUUCUUGUUUCUAGUCUGUAUAUAAAAUAUAAUUUUCAUUCAGUUCCCAUGAGAAAAUGGGUGUACUCCAUCACUGACAGUGGACGAGUUUUACUCCCCUGUGUUAUGACUAAGAGGAGUUAAUGAUUUAUUAAGCAAGGGAACUGCAGUUAUAUCAAAAUGCAUCGGUAUCCAAUCCAUUCAAUGUGUGCGCUUCGGAUCAAAUAUUCCCAUGUUUACUUCUCCCUGGACCCGCAAUAAAAGAUAUGAAGAUAA